AUGGAGUUGAUACCUUGUCAAUGUUUGCAGGUUUCUUGUCUCAACCUGGAAGUGCUAUCUAUCUGUGCAGCAAACAGCAUAACUGUUCUGUGCUCUCACCAACUUCCAACUGCCUACUUCAACAAACUUGAAAAAUUGAAAAGUUUUCUGAAUCUUCGAAAACUAUGGAUAAUAUCCUGCCAAUCAAUGGGAGAAGUGAUUACAGAAGAGGAACAACAAGGAGAAGAAAUCAUGACUAAUGAGUCCUUAUUUCCCCGAUUGGAAAACUUGUACCUCAACGAUCUACCGAAGCUGGGGCAUUUCAUUCUGACCAAGCGUGCUCAUGAAUUUCCAUCUCUUAAAGAAGUGGAUAUUCGUGAAUGCCCUAAAAUGAAGACAUUUAUCCAACAGGGAACUGUGAGUACACUGAGUUUCGAAAGUGUGAACAAUGAUGAUGAGCUGAAAGUUGUUGAUCUCAAUAAAGCGAUGUUCAAUUCUAAGGUUGGUCUUGUGCCACUUUAUAACUAA